GGACGACAGAGCCGCUACGCAUGCAAGUUUUUGAUAUCAAAGAUAAACAUGUUGAUCACCUUACAGCAAAUGUGAAAGCGAAGUAUUGCUUUGGGGAAAAAAUUACUGUCUAACUAUAAAACUCGCGCAGAGAAUCAAAUCGGUCCUCGCCAGCUGAAAAUAUCGAGAAAGAAAAUAUCGGUGAUUAGAAGGCUUACAAUGGAAAAGCGGAAAAACAUCUGGCAACUAAAGUGACACCUCGUAUUCGUUUUUUCCAGCAGCAGGUCAUUAGUUGUAAAUAUGAAUUUAAAACUAGCUAAGUUGUAAUUGAAUAAAUCAGCAGAACUUUAUUAUGACUCGCCAUUUCAGCCGGGAAUAAAGAAUAUACGAGUGAUGUAAACGAAAAAAGUUCAUCGAUCCUGCCGAAGUAAACUCCUCUGAUAAAAUGUUACGAAGCGAAGGAGACGAUAACGAACGGUUUGUGAGAAUAAGGAAUAAAGUGAUUCUCAACGUUGGCGGUUUAAGGCAUGAGACCUACGUCGGCACAUUGAGAAACAUACCUGAUUCACGAUUGCACUCAUUAACGAACAAUAAUCCGACGCAAAUGCCUGAAUUUGAUCCAAAUUCGGGUGAGUUUUUUUUCGACCGUCACCCCUUGGUUUUUGCUCAAAUCUUGAACUACUAUCGCACGGGAAAACUGCACUGCCCGAACGACGUUUGUGGACCGAUCUUCGAGGAGGAACUGGCUUUUUGGGGACUAGAAGACGCUAGUAUUGAGACAUGCUGUUGGAUGAAUUAUAAAAAGCACGGGGAAGCCCAAGCGAACCUUAGUUCAUUUGAUAAGAUCGUAGAAGAAGCUGCGAGCGAACACGAAUAUAGUUUCCACGACGAAGGAGAGGACGGGUUACCUUUGCGAAGCUACAGACAGGUUUUACGCAGGUAUAAAUCAAGAAUAUGGCUAACUUUGGAGGAGCCGUCGAGCUCUUUAACUGCAAAGAUAAUGGCAUUGGUGAGCAUGCUGUUGAUCAUCACAUCUGUGAUAACGUCGUGCUUGGAAACCAUGGAGUAUUUCUCGAAAUCACCAUCAAUUCAACAUCAAGUCAUUCACAUUUGCGAAAUCAUCUGUGUGGUGUGGUUUACUGCAGAAUUACUGAUACGCUUCGUAGUUUGCCCGAGCAAAAGAAAAUUUAUCAAACAGAUUAUGAACUGGCUGGAUUUCGCAGCAAUUAUUCCAUUUUAUGUCCAACUUUUCCUUGCAAACACCGAUAUGAAUUCUAUACUUGCUCUGCGGAUUAUCCGUUUAAUUCGGGUUUUCAGAGUUUUUAAGCUAUCAAGGCACUCUUAUAGUCUUCAAAUCCUUGGCCACACCUUGAGAUCAAGCUUAAGUGAGCUUUUUUUGCUAGCAUUCUUUCUUAGCAUUGGUGUGGUAGUGUUUUCAACUUUGAUGUAUUACGCCGAGCAUGAAUCAAAAGAGAAUAAAUUUUCAAGCAUCCCGGCAGGGUUUUGGUGGGCAGUUGUUACCAUGACAACAUUGGGAUAUGGCGACAUCGUGCCCGUUACACUUACCGGCAAGCUUGUUGGCACGGCAUGUGCUAUAUGCGGUGUUCUUACUAUAGCAUUGCCCAUACCUGUUAUUGUGAGCAACUUUUCACUCUACUACUCUCAUGCUAAAGCGAAACAGAAGGUCCCCCAACGAAAACGACCACUUGUCAUCGGAGCUGCUAAUGCUUUGAAAGUUAUUGAGCCGUUCGUCGGUUCCAGGGCAACUAAGCUCAGAUUGAGCGCAAUGUCGGAGAACGCAAGCUACGUGAGUCCUGUUUCAUGCGUGCGAACUUGGCCUAAAAUUGCUUUAGACAUGGCUGGGAGUUCUGUUGACAGCAGCGAGCCACCCACGAGUCCGAAAGGAAGACGCUUGUCUAGACCACGGCAAUUUGAUCAAGGAAGAAAUCUUGACAACCGAAAGCAAAGCAAUGUAUCGAAAACUGCAGAUGACGCUUCAGGCAGCGAUAUCUACGAAAUUCCCAAAAGGGGUUCCGAUGAUUGCGCGAUAAAUUCCGAAGGCCGCACGAACGUUGGCGCAAGGCGAUCGGAGGAUGCGACAAAUCAGAAAGAUAUGUCUUCAAAGAUUAAUAAUCGUAAGUCGAUAUCCCUUUAUGGAGAAGAUGAGCCUUUUCAAGGCUUGGUAAAGUGUUUGAAACCAAACAAUUCGAACACAUGCGAAGGAGCGUACGAGAAUAAAGCCAUUGAGCAGAACGGUGAGGGUGAACAUAUGUCGAGCACAGUCCCUAUGAAUUUUGAACUCGAUGAAGACGAAAUAGAAGGUGGAAGUGACGAAGACAAAAUGCACCAACAGCAAAGUUCUUCACACCAGUUUGCCUUACCAAAAAUCGAAAUUAUUUGUAACUCAUCUGCCUCCCAAAUGAGCGGUUCAAAUAACGAGGACGAAGGCAGUGAAAAAUCACACAGGAAAUUAAGCAAGAGGAAAACCAAAAGGAAACUGAAAAGAGGUCAUUACACUGUAGAGAAAUCAACUAGUGCACCCUCCUUAGCUGCAACAAAUCCUGGAUUUUCAGGAAAGAAUCUUCCAGGUAGAAUGGGCCGACGAGGAAGCGUAUUUGUGGUGGGAUUCCUUGGAAAAAGAUGGCAAGCAAAGGUUGCAAAAAGUCGAGAAAGCCGUGCUCAAUCAAAGCAAGAUAGGAUCGAAUGUUCGCCUGAUAAAUUGCAGUCGAACUUGCUUCAGGUGUCACCAUCAAUAUCAUCCCAAGUAAGCACAGCAGACGAAGAAACGUCACGUAAAACUAGUAUGACCAGCUUUAACAACACACCAAUUUCAAGCAUUAGUUCGAGGUCCAUGUUCCCAGAUGAUCAAUGUUUCUCUGAGUCGAGUUUCUUUAGGCGCUCAAGUUGUCCAAAUCUGCAAACUUUAAACUUUCCGGGAGAUAGAAUAGACUCUCGUUUUCGACAAGAAGAUGACCUCAAUCAAAAGAAAGUGAAUAAAUCCCCCGUCGUCAAACGAGACUACGAGGAAACUAGCUCAAUGGAAGAAACUGACUCGAGUGAUACUGUUAUUGCCGAAGCUUCACCUCAUUCCAGACCGAUCCCGCAUCUUAUGCCAAAUUAUCGAGAAAACAAAAGGUGUGAAGAGAUAGACUUUGUCGAAAUCGACGAAAGGCGGACUACGGAAGAGACGAUUAAGGUAAAUAAAACGAUUGGAGACAAAGCUAGCAACGAGUCUAAACAUGAGACUUUAGCAAACUAUCACAAAUCAUUGGCCUCGAAAAAGGAUUCAAGUCUAAACGUGGGUUUCGACAAGUUCGUUCACCAUCCCUCGUCUGCUUUGCCUCGACAAAGAGCGUUGAUGUCUUUCCGUGGACGAGAUGAUAAAAUUCCGGACGAUAGUGAAAGUGAUGAAAGUGAGGACAAAGGUCCUGGUCCAAAUAACAAUUUUAAACAUUACAAUGGUUCGGAAGCGGAAGACGACGACAAGCAUCAUUUUCAUGAUGAAAAACUUGUCAAGGGCGGACAGGAAGAAUGUGCUUCGGACAUGAUUAACAAACGCAGCGCUCUUCGUCGGAUGAAAAUCGGUAAAAACCAACUAUCAAGUAGUAAAUUUUUAACAACACACAGCGAUGAGAAUGACAGGUGUAAACCAAAAGAUGAUACCAAAGAACAUGAAAAUGAAGAUAUUCAGCAAAUUUUGGUCGAGGAGUUGAUUGGGAAUAGCCCACAAAAGAACAAAACACUCAUUGAUGGAAAUAAAAGUGAUCAAAAUGAAAACGAUCCAUUUGAAAGUGCUCGACAUGAAGACCAUUUUAAAAACCGUAGUGAAGUUUUAGAUGACACGUUACUUUUCAAAUCUGAUAAAAGACCCAUUAUAGGGUAUUCGAAUGAACUUCAUCCGAAAUACGAUAGGCAUGGAAGCAUUCAAACAAAUUCUUCCGAGAUGGAAAAUACCGCGAGAAAAAAUGCAGAUGUUGUAAUAAAUGGUUUGAUGAACCAAUCAUUGCCUCUUUGUAUAGAAAACGGCGUAUCUUUGAAUUAUAGCGAUCCAAACAGUGAAUCAAAUUGUGAUAAGAGCAAAAAUACAGAACACAAAAACCAAGUAAAUGGAGAUAACCGCCAUGAAUUAAACGUCAUGAAACAGGUUGUACUUCAAAAAAAUAAUCAUAAUUCCACCGCUGAACCAAUGAACGAAUCUAAUCCCCUUAUACUGAGCAGUCAGCAGACAAUAAACAUGGACAAAGAAUUGACUUCAAAUACAACUUUUGAAAAAAACAAUAAGGACGUUGGAUCAAUUCCGAAGAAUAGGCGUCUCUGUGGAAAUAGUAUUAAUUCUAAAUAUCCGAAUAUUUAUCCGAAAAGUUUGGCUUACACUGGAAGGCAAUGGCACUCUUUGAAAAGCUCAAUCAACAGCGAUGGCUCGGCAGAUCGUUCGACAUCGUUUGAUUUUGCACUAGAUCCUGAUAUGCGACGAAAGGUUGAACCGCAGGACUCUGGAAUAUUUUGCAACGAUUAUAGAUCAAGUGUCGACUCCGUAUCGAGUUUCAACGAAAGAAAUUGUGAUAGAACUAUACUGAAUACAAUUAACGAAGUCGAACAUGAUUACCGAGAUGGUAUGUUGUACUUCAAACCAUUUUCUGCUCCAUAUUAUGAAAAUAGUAGAAGUUGUGUACUGGAAAUUCGGGAUGAAACUGCAGUAUAAAACAGACACUUACUUUAAUAAUAUUAAUUAUGAGAAUUCGAAAGCACCUCGUAAAAAGUA